CAAUACAUAAAGUUCCUCAAGGAUAGGUACGUCGAACAAGAGUGCAUUAGAAUUUUACAGCCGAAAGGACUUGUUCCUAGUGGGACCAUGACUUCUACAAGCACUUCACCCUUGCUAGUCGAGCGACAGGGCUCAGUUUUGAUACUUCGGCUAAACCGGCCAGAGAGGCUUAACGCCCUAAAUAAUACCUUGAUUGGUGCUAUCAGUACCGAGCUCAAAACCUACGAGCUUGACGCUACAGUCCGUUCUGUUGUUAUCACAGGAGUUGGUCGUGCUUUUUCUGCUGGAGCGGAUAUUACCGAGUUCCAGCAGCAUAUACAUGCUGGUCCUAGCGCGAGCGUCGUUAAUUUCAUGCGACCAGGUCAGGAACUUACUCGGCAGAUUGAGACUUAUCCAAAACCCAUAAUUGCCGCAGUGAAUGGACUGGCAUACGGUGGAGGGUGCGAAUUGGUCGAAUCUAUUCACAUGGCCGUCGCCUCUGAAACUGCCCGGUUUUCGAAGUCUGAGAUCAAUAUCGGAAUCAUUCCAACCUUCGGAGGGACUCAACGACUACCGAGGAAUGUAGGAAGAAAGGCCGCAAUCGAACUAAUACUCACAGGAAGAGUGUUCACUGCCGAAGAGGCUGUUAGCCUAGGAUUGGUGAAUCAGGUUGUUCCUGAAGACCAAGUGCUCUCUACUGCAGUUGCUCUUGGUAAGCUUAUUGCCCAGAAGCCCGCUGUCUCGGUUUCAGCAGCGUUGCAUGCUAUACAUCGUGGGAUGGAUGCCUCUAUUGAAGAUGGCUUAGCUAUUGAGCAGGCUGCAUUUCAACUUAUUGUCGGGUCUCACGACGUAUCUGAAGGGGUUGAUGCAUUCGUAGAAAAGAGACCUCCCAAGUUCCUCGGAUCUAGUAUAUAGAGAACAUAGCGGGGUUCAAAUCAAUAAAUUGAUAUAAAGAAAGAAGAAGAAGCUCAAUGUGAGGGAGAACUGGGAAAAGUAACAGGAUUUAAGUAGCAAAAUCGUAUAAUUUC